AUCAGGAAGUGGCGGCUCAGACGCCGCAGGCUCCCAACAUGGCUGGCUGCUGACACAGCUGAGAUCCAGAGCGAAACCGACGCGGAAUCAUGGAUUCAUUUAGGCUGCUCUUCCCACUCCUCCUGCUCGGACUCUUCGCGUCCGCGCUGCGUCCCCACGGAGCGAACACGGAUCCAACUUUUGACUGUAUCAACGACUUUGACGAGAACAUGUUUUGCCAGUUUGAACAACAAAACUGCAGUGAAUAUAAUUUGACUCUCGUCCUGAUUAAUGGACCUACGAAGACCCAGAGCAGCUGCUCUUUCCAGGUGUGUCAGGCAGGUGUGUGUUGUUGCUCCAUGAAAAUGCUGUUAAUCCACGGGGAAACCCACAAUGCCACGGUGUGGAAGGGAGGAGAAAGAUUUGCGUCGAAAAACAUCUCUGUCACAGAGACCAUUAAGCCUGUGACUCCAACUAUUGUCUCAGUGAAAGAAUCCAAUGAGAAUUUUGAAGUCCUGUGGAGGACAGGAAGGAAGGAAUUAAGUAUCCCUCUCACUGCUGAAGUGACUUAUCAUAAAAAAGGAGACACGAAUAAGACUGUUUUGCUCACCAAGAAACAAGAGAAAGAGGGAUUGUGGUUCUACGAAAUAAAUGGUGGAAAGUUAGAGCCCAGAACGACAUACGCUGUCAGUGUGAGAACCUUUACGGAGUAUAAACAGUUCAGCGACAGCAGCAAAGAGUGGGAAUUCAAAACCGGUGGCUCCCGUAGCUCUGAGAUGUUGGCCAUCAUCGUGUCCCUCAGUGUCGUUGCAGCUGUUGCCUGCGGUGCAAUAUUUGUCUGUUAUGUAAAGCUCAAAACCAAGUUGUGGGACAAAUAUUCAAGUAUACAACCUGUCACGCUGAGUACGUGGCAACCAUCUAAAACACCGAUCCUGAAAGUGGAAGAACCUAAGCCCUCCACUGUCUUCAUUGAGCCACCUCGUCCCGAUGACAUCAAACAAGGAUUGAAGACGGUGUGGACAGGCAGCGAAGGCAGCGGAAGCUUUCAGAGCAGUGGAAUCAGUACGGGCUCCUCACAUCUCAGUUAUGCUGAGACAGAGCCUCUUGACGUCAAAGCUGCCGUCCAGAAUGCUCUUAUGAAGGACUUAAACAUCAGCCCAGUAUCACUAAUGGACACCAAUCCCUUUAAGGAAUUAAACAAAGACAGUGUUUCAGUCUCUUCUUCCUACAAUCCAUGUGAUGUCAGAGCUGCCGAAACGAGUUCUGGAUCAUCAGGCCUAAUGAAUCUCAGCUAUUCCCUGGUCAUUCCUACUUUGGCAGACCCCUCUGAGGUGCCAAUGCAGUCUGAAACGCUUUGUUGCCCAGGGUAUGACCUCAACAAGAACAGCAUCAUGAACAGUCCUGAGCCGCAGGUGUCAGCCUGUCUGUUUCCUGCACAGCCAGAUGUUUCCGGGCCUAUGCAAAUAGAUAUGUCGUAUCAACAGUGCAGCGCGGAUCCUCAGAGAUCUUCAGACUCCGGCUCCUUUUCACCAGAGCUCGAGUCCAGAGUUGAGCUCGCUGGUCCGAAGAAGCUCACGAGCAUAGGUGAAAACCUUCCCAGUUGUGCAGUUUCACACGGCUUUAUUGAAAUGGAAGACGGCUACCAGCCGAUUAAAAGUCAAGCCGAGGAGAUAGAGGUUUUGAUUUCCCAAGGGACAUGUGGUGAUCACCUGGAGAAUUUGAAAACGCACCCAGAGGAAUCAUUCAACCAGAUCCCCUCUGGCUGCUCAGGGCUGCUCAGUGCAGGUUUCAGUAGCGAUGCCCCAAGUGGCCCUUCCCUCCUUGAUCUCCAACGUCCCUGUCUUCCCUUGAUGUCUGUCGGUCAGCGUCCACCAAUAAUCACCGACAGCGGCUAUCAAAGCGUGUAG